CCUUUUUGCUUCUUUUGCUCAAGGGUUCGUUUCAUGGAUCCCUGUGGGAUUCGUGUACAUCCAGUACAUGUAGCAGCAUUCCUCCAGUUGCUUUUCGCGACGACACCAUGGAAUAAAGGAAACGCUCUUUUGAUUGCGCCUCGCUCGUUGGUGCUUGUCCCGUCCUUUACUUUCUACUGCCACUGCAGACUCAGCCCGCCAUGGUUCAGACUGUGCCCAUUGAGAAUGGUAACCAAGUCGGCAUCCUCGUGGCGUCCACCUUCUCCAUAUUCAUCGCGGCCCUUUCCGUGGGCUUGCGACUCGUUGCCAAACGCAUCAGCACUGGCGUCGACUACAGCGACUGGUGCAUCAUCGCCGCCUUGUUUUGGAACACCGCCCUCCACACGUGCUGCAUGCUGCUCGUCACCCAUGGCGGCUUUGGGUUUCACACGAUGGAUAUUUACCAGCGCUUUGGCCCCGAGACGGCCACGUUCUUCUUUAAAGGCAUCAUGACCUUCUCCAUGAUCUGGAACGCCACCGUCUGCUUCUCCAAGCUGUCCAUCCUCUUCAUGUACACGGCCCUGAUUCCCAUCCCCUCCAUGAAGCAGUGGGCCAAGGGCAUCGGCGCCCUCAUCAUUGCGUGGAACAUUGGCGAUGUCAUUGCCGCCUUUUUGAUAUGCCGCCCUCUCGCACGCAACUGGGACCUUACCAUUCCCGGCACCUGCGGCAGCCAGCCCAAUUUCUACUUCGCCAUGGGCGUCGUCAACAUCAUCACCGACGUUUUCCUCCUCGUGCUGCCCAUGCCCUACCUAUACCGUCUGCGCCUAGCACCGAAAAAGAAGGUUCUCGCCAUGGGCAUGCUCAGUAUUGGCAUCAUGACCUGGGUCAUCACCAUUUACCGCCAAACUCUUCUUCCCGGUCUCAACUUCGCCGACAUGACGUACAGCGGCGUCCUCGCCACCAUUCUAUCUGGCCUUGAGCCCGCCGUCGCAAUUGCCCUCGCCUGCAUCCCGCUCAUGCGACCCCUCCUUCCCUCGCACCGCCGCGCCAAGAAUAACGCUAGUCAGUACGACUACUCGGGCAGCGGCGGCAGCGCAGUCUACGCAAAGAAGCAGUUGGGGAGCGGCAGCCGCGGCCCCUUUACUGAGCUCGACGAUGCUGACGGUGACGACAGCUCCGAGGUCCAGUUGCAGCCCAUGAAGGCUGUGCCUGAGGUGCAGAUCUCGGCAUAUCCGCAGGAGAGCACGAGUGACAGAACUCCAUCAACGGUGGCGCCAAAUGGGGCGCCGAUUUCACAGGCUAUUACGGUGGAGAAGAGGUGGCGGACAGAUUAGAUAUUAAUGGCGAAAAAAUUUUAAGGUAGAAAAAGAAGGCUGGAAGUACUUUUGGUUAUAAAGUAAAGCUUAUCACUUAUGUUGUCGCCGACAUGUCCGAGCGACUUGAUUAGGACCCAGGCGCCUGUCGAAUGACGAUUCCGUCUCCGCUACCUACUCCCGCUCCGCAUGUCCAGCACCCCAACCCUAGCAGCAUAGAGUGCCCGGCUGGCGCCGUUCCCGCGACCUAGCGGGGUGUAGGUGGGGGCUGCGCUCGGGGGAAUUUAGGCAGAAGCACUGAAAUGUAAGACACAAGUUAGAGAAGGAAGCUAUCAGCGCCUAUAGAUCAGAGUUAGCAUUGAGCUUCUAGUCCUAUAUUUGCGUAGCAUGUCCACGACAUUGCCUGUGAAAGAAUGAGCGAUAGCCAGUCGUAGAAUACCGUCCCUCGAUCUUGUAACAGUUCCUCCUAGGUACCAGCCAAUGAG